UGGCUCUUUGGGAAUAUAAGAGCAAGACAAUCCCAGAUUUCCUGAACAACUUAGCUUGGCAAUUUACACUCCUUAUCACCAUUUUCUAUUCCCUAGCUCAUAAUUGCUUCUUCUUCACUCCUUUACGUUAGCUUUUCAUCACAUAAUAGCCCCCCAUGGCCACCCCAGCUCACGCCAACACCCAAAACAAUGGUCCCGUUGACCACAAUGACCUCAACGAGUGGAAGGACCGUUUCAAUGACGUUCUCGCUCGUCCCAGUGAGCAUGUCAACUCCAAGUCUCCCGAGACAUCUCGGUCUUGGCAGAACGGCUUUUUCGGCUGCUUCAGCCCUAUCGAUGUUUGCGCUAUCACUUGCUGCGUUCCUUGCGUGACAUUUGGUAAAACCCAUCAUCGUCUUCGUAAGAACGGCAGCCUGGCUGGCUAUGAGCCUGUUAAUACUUCUUGUCUCAUGUUCUGGGGCUCCACCUGUUUUGGGCUCCAUUGGAUUCCUCUCGCCCUUCAGCGCGCCAACCUUCGUGAGAAGCAUAAUCUCCAGGGCAGUUGUCUUAUCGAUCUUGCCACUGCUUGCUGCUGUGGCUGCUGCGAUCUGAUUCAACAAGAAAAGGAGGCAGAGUUCCGUGAGGCUCAGGUUGCAGUCGCAAGUAAGGGGUACGAGGCCAACGUGGCAAUGAGCAUCCCUGAAGAGAAAGUCUAAGAAAGGCCUCAUGCAUUGCGAGAUAUUCUGAUUUUAGUUACGAGCCGAUUAUGUACACAUCGUACUGUCAUUAGGACCCCGAGAAGAUUGAGUGAAGGGGUGAUGACGUCUCAUGUCUUUGAGACUACCACUUGAAUACAAUUUCUUUUUUGAGUGCCUCAUUUACAUCAUGUGCUGUCGUUGAGAGUCUGUCCCAUC